UGUUGCGAGGACUUGCGGAAAAACAAACCGUGAGGUGGCCUUUCCUCUAUCCGGCGACAUUCUUUUGCUUCGAAUCAAACACAUUUAUUGUUUAUUUUAUCUGUACAAGUGAAAUAGUUUCCGCGUGGCUACCGAGUGCCUCUUCGGCGUUCCCCGUGGCUCUUCGGUUAAAUUCGGCUCUCGUCGUGUCGCUCGUCGGAGGAAUGGACGAAGCGGAGUCGGCGACGAAGGCGCUCGGGCUGGAUGAACCGCCCCAGCGGGCGGACUCGGAUACCGAGUCGGAGGCCGAAGUCUCCACGAUGGAUGUGAUGGCGCCGCCGGGAAACAUCGGCAUGGGAGCCGAAGCGAUGCCGAACCCCGACGAGGCCGAGUCGUCUUUCGCAGAGGUGUCCACGGUGGCGGUGGAAGAUGUUCAGGCCGCAGACGACGUAUUCACCAACUCGGUGGACGCGGUGGAAAACCUUCCGGAACACGUGCUGAGUGGAAGGAGCCCCCUCGAGCUGGGGGAGGGUCUGAGUAGCCAGAAGACCACCCUGAUUGUAGUCCACACCGACUCUGGACUUGUAGAGCAGGACACACUCAAGUCCACGUCCGCCAUCUCCACUGGCCUGGAGACUCCGCCCACCCCGCUGACUCCACCCCUGUCCCAGGACAAAGACCCCGCCUCCAAGUACAACUGGGAUCCUUCGGUGUACAACAACGAGUUGCCGGUGCGAUGCCGCAACACCGGCGGCGCCCUCUACAAGAACCGCCUCGGCUCAGGCGGUAAAGGUCGCUGCAUCAAACAUGAUCAGAAGUGGUUGACGCCCACAGAGUUUGAGGGCCUGGCCGGUCGCGCCAGCAGCAAAGACUGGAAGAGGAGCAUCCGAUACGCAGGAAGACCUUUACUCUGCCUCAUACAGGACCGCAUCCUGAACCCUCACGCCGCCUCGUGUACAUGCGCAGCCUGUUGUGACGAAAUGGUGUUGGAUGGAGAGUCCCUGGAAGCCGAGAGCAUCACAAUGAACGGUCCAGUGCGCCUCUUCGUCCCCUACAAGAGGAGGCGGAAGGAGACGGAUCCGCCGCCUGUUCCCGCCAAAAAGGAAGUCCCUGCGAGCAAAAACAUCAUGCUCAGCCCGGGAACCACAUUCACGGUGUCGCCCAUGGGUCAGAUCACGCCGUCGGGCACGUUGACAUUCGAGCGCUCUCCCACCGGCGACACGGCUGCCGCCGCUGCUGCCGCGGCCGCCAUCAUCUCAGACGCAUCGGCGCAGAAUGAGGUGUACACAGACACAGCAGUGUUGACCGCCUUACCGACGUUGGCGCUGUCUCAUCAGGCCAAGAUGGCGGUGGCGUCCCCUUCAGCCUCGCCGGUGGGCACCCUGGAUGCGGGGCCCGUGGCAGGACCUCUGGCGGGCGCGGCGGAGGCGGGGCCGCCGCUGCUGAGCGAGGGUCCGAAGAACGCCUGGCAGUGCCUGGAGGAGAUGGUCAACACUCUCAUGAGCAGCGUGCAGCAGCUCAAAGCGUUGAUAGAACAGGCCAAGAGGGACAAUAAAGGACAAAAAGAGUGCGCCGUCAGUCAGUCCCUCCAGAACCAGAUCACAUUCCAGACGCCGGACAACUCGCAAGCCAAACGGAGCGCCGACAUCGCUGAGGUCAUCAUCAAUCAGGUGUGCGAGAACUGCGGCCGCGUGGCCCUGAGCGAGUGCACGGGCUGCCGUAAGGUCAACUACUGCUCCAUCUUCUGUCAGAGGAAGGACUGGAGAGAUCAUCAGAACGCCUGCUGUCAAUCAGGAGGGGGUGGGGCCAUUGCGGCGGACGAACCAAUGGCAUCCGUCGACAUGGACAAAGUUAAGUGAGAGGGCGUGGCUGGACCCGCCCACUUGAAUCCUCCCCCAUGAGAAGAUUAAUUAAGACGUUUACGGAAGAAAACACAUGAAGACUAUUUAUUUUUAUGUAUUUCUUGAGGGAUUUGAUGAUCUUUACGUUUGAAAGCUUGAGCAGUCAUGCUUUAUGUGCUAUUUUCUUGAUUAACGUGAACGUGAUUAAACAUGUUUUAUGUUACACUU